AUUUAAGGAGGAAAUUCCAAAAUGUGAGUAGUGUCGAAUAUCGACUGGAUCGCGGACUUUGCCGCGCUCGCGCGAAACUAACCGAGGAAAUGGCGUAGGGUGAAACGGGUGAAAUGAGGAUCGUCCCUAUGUACACUAACCAACAUCGCAGAUCGCACUCUUUCAUUUCUUCUCUUUAUCUAGAGUACGUUCAGUCGAUUCGAGUUGUCUCAUUUUAUCUUAUUCUCCUACCAGUCCUACCCUUGACGUCUCGUUUUCUACCUGCUCUGGAAUUCGACCAAUAGCAUCAAGUGUGUGUCUGUGCGUCGGCGAUUCGGCUUCGUAUCGGCGAUGUAACCGUACCCUUCUCUCAGCAGCGUACAGUCAUUAUUUUCUCAACUCUCAGAGAGUAUCAGAGUAACAGAGCAACACAACUAAACACAAUCGGGGUCGCUGGCUUCUACAAUAUACGUCUAUACGUUCUACGGUUCUACUACGUCGUGCGGGUCGUGCGUGUAGUAUCGUCGCGUGUGUAUCAAUAACAACUCUAAUUCUUCCGGUUUUAUCACUACUGUCAUAUAUUACCCCAUUUUUUAAUUUUAAAUAUUAAAUAGUUAUUGUAUAUCUAGGCAUAUUGCUAACAAGACGAAAAUUUACUCCUAUCCCAGUUGAUCUAAUCCAAUGAUUUUAUCCUGUGUACAAUUGAUUUCCUAAAUACAAUACAAUUUAUGUAUGAUAUCGUGGGUAUUACAAGUGGGACAUAAUAAAAUAUUUUUUUACAAUUUAAUUUAAAUUUGUGAAAAAACAAAUAAAUUAUUUGAGUGAAAAAUAAAAAAUUAACAUGAGGCGGUUACUGCGUGGAGUGUUCCUUUUGACGGCAUUUUUUAUUGUAAUUGCCAGGACCGAAGGCAAGCGAAAGUUCGACGGCGAUUUUGAAUUUGCUGAAGAGGAUGAUACAAGAAUCAUGAAAGUUGGUGACAAAAAAAAAUGGAUUCAUGAUCCAAAUAGUGAACUGUGUCGGCCAUUAAAUUGCAAAAAGAAAGAGUUAUGUCUAUUGGAAGAUACGUUUACUGCAGUCUGUGUUUCAAAAAAAGAACUUCACAAAUCAGGUGAUAUUGUAAUCCCUAAAUCACGAGCCAUGCAACAAAGGAGAAUGCGAACAGAUACCUCAGUUGACAGUGAAGAUGACGAUGCUUUCUUUGAUUCUGAAGAUGAUGAAGAUGAAGAUCAAGAUGAAACUAAGUGUCAAGAAUGCCCAGUAGUUAAACCAAACUUCCUCUGCGGAAUUGACAAUCGCACAUACAGUUCACCAUGCCGUCUCGAGUACCACAAUUGCAUUCAUCAUACCUCAGUUCACAUCGCGUGUAAAGGAUUCUGUCCGUGCAAAGGAGGAUCAGAUCUUAAAGUCCAUACAAAAAAAAUACCUCAAGCAAAACUUGAAAAAAAUUUUUUGGGGAAAUCUGGUCGAAAUCGUGACAUCACACUCACUCCACGUGAUUUUAAUUACGAUAAUCACCAUUAUCAGUAUCUCAAAUACAGCAAACGUCCAAAGGGAUUGGGAUUCAACAGCAAAUACGAAGAAGACAUAAAGCAUUCAAUGAGUAAUGAAAUCGGUAAAAAUUUAGCAACCUUGAAGCCUACUUUCGAUUCCCCUGAAGCCAAGUUCAAUCGAUUACGAAACACUGAUUGUCCACCCUCCUCCCGACCAGCUAUGGCUAAUCGAUUGUUAGACUGGUUCUCAGUAGUAAUGGCUGAUUCCAAAUAUCGUCGUCAACAUGUUAAGUCUAAGGGUCAUUUCCCCAUCGGAUGCCAACCAGAAGUCAGGUGGAUGUUUGGACAUUUGGAUAAUGAUGAAGAUCGUCGAAUCUCUCUUGCAGAGCUGUAUAGCCUUGAACAUGAUCAAAAUGAGCCAUGUCUCAAACCAUUCCUUGAUGCAUGUGAUACGGAUGGAGAUAUUUUUGUAAGCGGUCCAGAAUGGUGUGGAUGCUUUUCAAAAGCAGAAAGACCUUGUGCUGCAGUUCGCAGGCGAUCUUCUCCUGAUGUCGCACCAGCUUGUGAUUCACGAGGAUAUUAUCGCAGUAUUCAAUGUCAUCGUGGAUUAGGUUUAUGUUGGUGUGUUGAUCCUCAUGGUAUUGAAUUUGCUGGUACUCGUACUCGUGGUUCUAAACCAGAUUGCGGUAAGUAUGCUAUUAUCAGCAAGAUAAGUAAUGAGGCUUUGAAGACAAACAGCGUAAAUCUUGAAAAUGAAAUUAGUGACGACGAUGAUGAAGAUGAUGGUAUAGAUUCUGGAAAUGAUCUUGAAGGUUCAGCGGAUCAACCACUUGAUUUUUAAACUUGAUUUUUUUUUUUUUCUCAAAAUCUAUUAUUAAGCACCUUGAAAAUAUAUUUUUUUUUUUCUUUUGUUUUCUUCAAGAACUGACAAGGAAAAUAAACAUAAUAAUAAAUUUCUCGAUAAUAUAAAAUAUCGAUCUUAUCAAUAGAAAUGAGCCUAUUAAAAAAAAAAAAAACGUCGAAUUUAAUUCUCAUUAAACUUAAUAAUAAAUCCACCCUGCCGUCCUUCGCUAAUAUACAAUUACAAUAGCGGUCGGUUCUAAUAUUAAAAAUCAGAUUCUUAUAUGUUUAGAAUUUAACAUAAACUUGUACACUAAAUAUUAUUCGCACGACCUUCACGUAUAAACAUUCAUAUUUAUUUAAUGAUGUAAUGAAGAAAAAAAAACGUAAUUUAAAGUUGAUCACUUAAAAAGUGUCAAUAAGAAUAAUAAAAAUCGAUGAUACAUUUUUUUAAUAUAAUUUAUAAUCAUUAGAUUAACAGCGCUGCAGAUUCUAUAAAUAUUGAACAAGAUAUCAAAAUCCAAUACUUAAUCUACAGCCUUAAAAUAAUAAUAAUAAUUAUUAUUAUCUUAAAACUGCGACCAUCUUAGCUAUUAAAAAUUAAAAAUAUCAAAAUCGCUUAAUCAAUGUCGCAUAAAUGCUCACAUUCAUAAAUCAUUUUUUAAAUUUUAUCUUUAAAGAUAAAGGUCUUUUUAUUUAUAAAUUUACCGUAGCUAUACCGUAAAUAAUAAUAAUAAUAAUUAUAAUAAUAAUAUUAUAAAUGGAACUUGUAAAAAUCACUCCUUAAUAUUUUCGAUUAUUAAAUCUGUAAUAUCAAUUGAAUUUUUAUAAAAAUUUCCGAUUGGAAUAAUUUUAUAGAAUUAUGAAUUAUUUUUGUCAUUAAAUUUAUAAUUAAAUGAUUGAUCUUGAGACAUAAAAUUAAUUUUACCGAAAAUAUUAAGAAGGGAUGUUGACAUUUUAUUUAUUCCUGUGUAAGAAUAUCCAUUUUUACUUAUAACUUGUACUCAAUGCAAGUAUUGUGUUAAUAUUUUAGAUGAAUAUAGAAUAAGAAUAAUAUAUAUAAAUAUAUAUAGUAGAGAAAAAAAAAAAAAAAUAAAAAUUGGUGUGAACAAUGUGAAUAGAAAAUAAUUUUAGAAGCAAUGAGUAUAUAAAAGUACAGCUAAUGUCAUCGCGUUAAGCUCUUCCGUCCCCAUAUAAAUUUUAAUUAAUUAUUUUUAAUGUAAUUUUUUGUAGUACCGUUAAUAAUGCAUGCAAGUAAUUUAGACAAUCGAAUAUUUUAUUUAAAUAAGGAAGCUUAAUAAUUAUUUUGUUUAUUUAUUAUUCAAUUAACUUUAAUGUUGAUUCCUUCCAUACUUGUCUCUUAAUUAAUUUAAUUUAUAUUAAUGAAGCUCAUUAUUUUAUAUAAUGAAUCAGUAUUUGUAAAAGCUGAAUCAAAUAUAAUUGUUAAGUCCCAAUUAAGCAUCUUGCCAUAAUAUUCUGCAAUAAUUAAUUAUUUAGUUCAAUGACUAAUAACCUAAUUAAUUCGAUUGCAAAAUAUAUAGUAUUCAUAUUAAAUAUAACAUACUACGCAUUGUAUAUAACUAUAUACAAUAAAUAGGUAACUUGACAAAUUAUCUUGUACGUCAUAUUUCUAUUAUUAUUAUUAGUGAAUAAUGAUAAAAAAAUGUGCUGGAUGAAAAAAAAAAUAAAAUUUUUACUUAAUUUUUGAAGCUACCGUAGAUACCAUAUAUAUAAUUGAUAUAUUACAAAUACGGCUGUAAGAAUCCAUUAUUUAAUAAAGAUUG